AUGCCUACUCCAAUUGUCGACUCUCACAUCCAUCUAUUCCCCGAGUCGCAUCUCCAAACCCUGGCAUGGCAUGGUCCCAACAACCCGCUUGGAUCGCAGCACUCUGUCGACGAAUAUCGAGCAGCAACAGCUGCAGUCCCUACAUCUCCAGACGCAGCACAUGACACAUACCUGCGCGGCUUUAUAUUUCUCGAGACCGACCGUAUCUCAUCGGUUGAAGAAUCGGGUGCUGGCUGGUCACACGCUCUGGAUGAAGUGUCUCUGCUGACUCGCGUUGCUUUGGGAAAACCGAUCGUGGGGGAGGGACAUAGAGAUGCCGAUAGACAUCUAUGCUUAGGGAUUGUUCCCUGGGCUCCCGUACCGGGGGGCCCUGCCGCACUCGCAAAGUAUCUUUCAAUAGUCAAAGAGAGGACCCAGACAGAGGAGGUCUGGAGGAAGGUAUGCGGAGUGCGAUACCUCGUUCAAGAUAAACCGUCGGGUAUCAUGCUCAGUGAGGGGUUCAUUGACGGACUCAAGUAUCUCGGUCGCAGAGGGCUGACCUUCGAUCUUGGGGUGGACACGCGGCAAGGCGGUCUUUGGCAACUAAAAGAAGCAGUCGAGAUGAUGAAGAGAAUCUACGAGGGUGUGGAUGAUGGAGGCGCUGCAGUGACACUGGUGAUUAAUGAACUGACCGAGGCACCAUGCAAGACCAUCUCUGUAAACCGAAUCUUCGGCUGCCUUAUUCGACUCCGGAGUCUAUAA